GGGUGUGUGUAUUGAGUAAUACUGGACAGUGAGAGUUUGCCAUCAGGUUGAGGCGCUGUACUACGUGGCCAGUACCAUUCUACCCUGCUAUUCAGGCACAGUCCCACCAGGAGAGGAGUACGGACCCUAACCUAUCCACUGGAGUGUGUGCUGUGCAACGAGUGAGUGAUUUAAUUUGACGUGAGUACACAAAGCUUUUGAAGUGUUGUGGUGUGUCCUUGUUGUUCGUACUCACCUUAGGAGGGAUUGAACCCUGUGGAUGCCAUUGGGGGCCGCCUUGACGGUGUGUGCCCAACCAACUCAUUUACGCUCUGUAGCGGUGUCCAGCAGGAGCUACGUGGAAACACCGAGUGAGAUCUUCGCCUGCCUAGGGAAGAGGACGUGCGGUCAUUGGCCGUUUGGAGUUUACUCAGCGGGACGUAGCGUGUUGGCCCCGGCCGUGAGUGCAUUGGACGGUUGCGGUGAUGUAUGGAUUUAAAUUCUGAACUUACCUUCUCAUGAGCUAAAGCUAACUUACCCAGAAACGACCCACAGCCUUAGAAAACCUGUAACGCAAGGAAGAUACUUACCUUUGCACGGGCUAAAGCUAACUUACCCCGCCACGACCCACAGCCCUAGAGAACCUGUAAAGUAAAGAAGAUACUUACCUUCGCACGAGCUAAAGCUAACUUACCCAGCCACGACCCACAGCCUUAGAGAAUCUGUAAAGCAAGGAAGAUACUUACCUUCGCACGAGCUAAAGCUAACUUGCCCAGCAACGACCCACAGCCCUAGAGAACCUGUAAAGCAAGGGAGAUACUUACCUUUGCACGAGCUAAAGCUAACUUACCCAGCCACGACCCACAGCCCUAGAGAAUCUGCAAAGCAAGGAAGAUACUUACCUUUGCACGAGCUAAAGCUAACUUACCCAGCGACGACCCCUAGCCCUAGAGAACCUGCAAAGAAGGGAAGAUACUUACCUUAUCGCUGGUACAGGCACCCAGAAAGAAGGCAUAGUGUGAGUGAUCCAACGAAGAACUUACUUUGUUGUUUAUUCUGCCCUCAGGAGGAACGAGGCGCGCCACGGAAAGUCCUUAUACGCAGGAGGUGGGCCGAGGAUGAAGGAGCUCCGCCCGGCCCUUGCCCUGUUGUCCCCUGGCCCCGCAGAGAAGGCUUCUCCCCUCCAACGUCCCCGGCCCCGUAGUACUCCCUCUGAGGGCGAGAAGCGAGACUUUUUUUAGAUUCCCUUUCCCCAUUCCCCACUAUAGUUUAAAACAAUAAACUUUAUUUAAAUUAUUUAAAAUUACUUAUCUCUUGUUGCUUGGUCAUUGGAGUGCUUUUGGGACCUCCUCGAGGUGGAACUUGGGAAAGAGCGAGACGCACACAGUCUGUGGUCCGCUCCGACCUGUGACAAAUAUGGGCCAAUAUUUCUAAAGAAUGUUCUUAGCACCUUGUUGAAUCAAUGCCACGUAGAAUUAAGGCAUGUCUGAAGGUGAAAGGGGUUCAAACACAGUAUUAGUAUAAGUCCUUUAGAUGAUCUCUCUGCUGACCCCUGUGAGAACUACACUGUGCUGGACAACACUUGGAGAGCCACCAACUAUUAUUCCGGCUCCAUGUGUGACACCUCUGUCAGUUGGGUCGGCUGGUAUCGGCUUUACCUUAAUGGCCAAAAUGUUAGAAUGCCAGAAACAUGUGUUAUUAACUAUAGGUGUGGUACUGUCUACCCACUGUGGCUAAGAGGUGGACACCCAAAACCUGAGGAUGGAGUGGUCACCAGAGAUGUUUGUGGUUAUGCGGACUAUUACUGCUGCUAUUAUCAGUCAUAUCCCAUUAGAGUCAAAGCCUGCACAGGUGGUUAUUAUGUCUAUGAGUUUGUUAAACCAACUAGAUGCAAUAUGGCAUACUGUGCAGAUCUUAGCAGUGUUAACUCCAUCAACACAACAAUCAGUUCAACAGACCCCUGCAACAACUACACUGUGCUGAACGAUUCAAGAAGAUCCACCAACUAUUAUUCUUCCUCCUUCAUGUGUGACGUCUCUGUCAGUUGGGUUGGCUGGUAUCGACUUUACCUUAAUGGCCAGAGCACUCGAAUGCCAGAAACAUGUGUUGAAGAAAACAUGUGUGGUACUGCAUAUCCACUUUGGCUUAGUGGUGGACACCCAAAACCUGAGGAUGGAGUGGUCACCAGAGAUGUUUGUGGUCAUGGAAACAACUACUGCUGCUAUUAUCGGUCAAAUCCCAUUAGAGUCAAAGCCUGCACAGGUGGUUUUUAUGUCUAUGAGCUUGUUAGACCAACUACAUGCAAUAUGGCAUACUGUGCAGAUGAUUUCUCUGCUGACCCCUGCUACAACUACACUGUGCUGGACAAUUCAAGAAGAGCCACCAAUUAUAAUUCAUCCAACACGUGUGACAGAAAUGUCAACUGGGUCGGCUGGUAUCGGCUUUACCUUAACGGCCAAAAUGUUCGAAUGCCAGAAACAUGUGUUGAUAACUCAAAGUGUGGUACUGAUGCCCCACUGUGGCUAAGAGGUGGACACCCAAAACCUGAAGAUGGAGUGGUCACCAGAGAUGUUUGUGGUCACCAUGACAAUUACAUCUGCUAUUUUCAGUCAUAUCCCAUUAGAGUCAAAGCCUGCACAGGUGGUUAUUAUGUCUAUGAGUUUGUUAAACCAUCUACAUGCAAUAUGGCAUACUGUGCAGAUGUUGACAGCAUAAACAAAACCUACAUAAGUGUCACGCCAGCGAUCACCACACCUGGUUUAAAUAUAACACAGCUUACAAAUUGCACGGGAACUUCUUGCAUACAGAAUCUUCUCGAGCAGUUAGAAAAUAUUACAGUUCUCAAUUUAACGGAUGUGAUCAAACUUUUGGACAUGGUCUUUAUGACUUUAGAGGAGAUAAACUCAUCAUUCAGUGACACAAGAAAACAAGCGUCAGAUGUGUUAAAAGUCAGUGAGAAGCUUAUCUCAAUGUUGGUGAAGCCAACAAACACCUAUGACAAUGUCAGUUUCACUCGUGCAGCUGUGGAGGCACAAGUCUUCAUGGUUGGACCGCGGGCCACCUUAAAUAAAAUCCCCCAGCUCGACACAACAAAUGCUUCUAUAGACAUUGAUCUCAUUGGGAUCGCCAAGAACAACAAUGGAACAGGAUCAGCUGCUGUGGCUUUCAUGAGCUACAACACAAUGGAGAACCUACUGAAACCAGACUUCUUCAACAAAUCGAAUAACACAGUUAAUACCAUGAUGUCUACUGUCAUCUCUGCUACUCUUCCUAAAACCACCAACACAACCCUCACCAAACCAGUCAACUUCACCCUCAGACACAUCAGAGAGUUUGUAUCUGGAGGAAAUCUUUCCUGUGUGUACUGGAACAUCACUGAGUGGAUUGUAGAUGGUUGCUCUGUUGUACAGACCAACAACAACUACACGGUGUGUUCAUGUGUUCAUCUGUCAACAUUCGCUCUCAUCAUGCAAACCAGCAGCAGCCCAUCAGAGGAUGAUCAUCUGAUGGAGUCGAUGAAUAUGGUGUUUGUGAUCGUGGGUCUGGUGUUUACUAGUUUGGCUCUGUUGACUUUGGCUUUCUGUCGAUGGAAACCUGGAGUGAACAAUGUAGCUCGAAUCAACCUCUGCAUCAGUCUGCUGUCUGCUCAUCUUCUGUUCUUACUCACACAACGAUUCCUGACUCUAAUAAAAUAUUACAAGGAGUUGUGUGCUGUGAUAUCAGGAGCUCUUCACUUCUUCUUUCUCUCCUGCUUUGUGUGGAUGUUCAUUGAAGCUGUGCUGCUCUUCAUCUGUGUGAAGAACCUAUCACAGAUCAGCUCCAGACAGAGGGCGAUGCUUAGCAGCAGAUUCUUGAUUGUGAUUGGAUAUGUGAUUGCUUUUGUUAUAGUGGGCGUGUCUGUUGGACUGGUUCCUGAAGGUUAUGGCAGCGAACAAUGCUGGAUUAAACAGGAGAAAGGGUUCAUCUGGAGUUUUCUGGGACCUGUUUGCUUUAUUCUUGCAAUAAACACGAUUCUCUUCAUCAGUAUCAUCAUCAGUCUAAACUCAACUCUCAAAAAGCUCAACGCUGAAGUUUCACAGAUGAAACAGACCAAGAUUAUGGUUUUUAAAACUCUGGCCCAGUCUGUGAUUCUUGGUUGUCCCUGGAUUCUGGGUUUCUUCACUGAAAACAAUCAAAUGAUGAAGAUUCUCUUCCUGAUCCUGAACUCACAGCAAGGAACCUUCAUCUUUCUGGUCUACUGUGUCCUCAGUAAUGAGGUCAGACAGCAGUAUAUGAAGUGGAUGAGAGCUCUCCUCCCUUGACACAACCCAGAACCAUUAAAAGUGCCCUCCAACAAACAUUAAUAAUUACAUGAUUUAUGAUGAGGUUGAGAAACUGAUUUAAUCACUGUUUUGUAGUUUAUACUUAUUUAAUCAAAAAGAAGUAUGGAUCUCUUCAAAUAUACUUCAAAUAUAACAUCCCAGAUAGCAUGCAACCAUUGAAACAAU